AUGCCUCAAAUAGCAUGCCAGGAUCCUAAUGUUCAAUGUGACCAUGAUGAGCCUGUUCCUAUUCGUUACACAUAUCAUCAGCUUGAAGAAGUUAGCAUUGGUGGCAUCAUUUCAGUGUUCAUGUCAUUUUCUGAUCCCACUGAUUUCAAUCAACAUCCUUCUGAGAAGCUUCAAGAUGGACUUAUAAUAUAUUAUCAAAACUACCAGCACAUACUGACUUUAGUAUUUGCUCUCAAGGAGAUCAAUGAAAAUCCUCAGAUCCUGCCCAAUGUCACGCUGGGCUUUCAUAUUUAUAAUAGCAAUUUUAGUCCAAGUUGGACUUACAUUGCAUCCAUGGGGCUUCCCUUUACCCAGGGCCAAUUCAUUCCUAACUUCAAAUGUGGGGUCCCCAAAAAUCUGGCUGCUGUCAUUAUGGGAUCUGACAUAUGUCUCCAUGGGGCAACUCUUCUAAACAUCUACAAAGUUCCUCAGCUGAUCUAUGGCUCUGCUCCAGUCAUGGAUAAAGAGACUCAAGCAGUUUUCUUCCAACAAAUGUUUCCAGAUGAAUCCCAUCAGCAUACCGCCCUCCUCCAACUAUUGCUGUAUUUUAGAUGGAAGUGGAUUGGUGUUCUUGCUGUGAAUGAUGACAAUGGAGAGAAAUUUGUACAAGAAGUAUUACCCAUAUUUUCCCAACAUGGCAUCUGCUUUGAUUUCAUACAAGAGUUUCCUUAUGUAGAUUUUUACAUUGAUUAUAAUGAAGUCAUAGAUGAUGGAGUCCAAAUAUACCAUGUUCUUAUGACCAGCACAGCCAAUGUCAUAGUCUUAUAUGGUGAAAGUAGGUCCAUAACUUUUCUGAGAAUGUACUUGCAAUUAGCAGAAGUGGAGGAUAUACCAAAGAAGACAAAAAUCUGGGUUACAUCAGCUCAGACAGAUUACACUUCAAUUUCCUUUCAUAAAUCUUGGGAUAUCCAUUUCCUGCAAGGUGCUUUAUCCUUUGCAGUUCACACAAAGGAGGUUGAAGACUUUCCAAAAUUUCUUGAAAGCAUAAGUCCAACCAACAACCAGCAUGAUAAUUUUAGGAAAGAUUUCUGGGAACAGGCAUUCAAUUGUUUCUUCACCAAUCCUGAAACAGAGAAGUCUGAGAAAAAAUGUACUGGACAGGAGAGGCUUGAGACCCUUCCUAAGUCUGUGUUUGAAACACUCAUGAGUGGCCAAAGCUACAACAUUUACAAUGCAGUCUAUGCUGUGGCACAUGCUUUGCAAUCUCUGUAUUUAUCCAAGUCCAGACAAAGAACAAUAGUGAAAGAAGGAAAGAAACAAUUUCACAAUCAAGUGUUGUGGCAGCUUCAUUCCUUUCUGAGAAGUGUUUCGUUCAACAACAGUGUUGGUGAAAAGAUCUCUUUUGACAAAAAUGGAGGAUUCAUUGGCGGAUUUGAUAUUAUUAAUUGGAUCACAUUCCCAAACCAAUCCUUUAUUAGAGUCAAAGUUGGACGAAUAGAUCCCACAGCUCUGCCUAAUAAAUUCUUCAAUAUCUCUGUGGAUUCCAUUACAUGGCCAGUAGCAUUUCCUCAGACACCACCUUUUUCUUUGUGUAAUGAUCCUUGUAAGGCAGGAUACAGCAAGGUCAAGAAAGAAGGGGAGUCAUUUUGCUGCUAUGAUUGUCUUCCAUGUCCAGAGGGGAAAAUAUCAAAGGAGAAAGACAUAGAUGACUGUUCUCUGUGCCCAGAUGAUCAUUAUCCAAACCCUGAAAGAAAUAUAUGCCUUCCAAAGCAGAUCAGCUUUUUAUCCUAUGAAGAACCCAUGGGGAUCAGUCUUACUGUCCUUUCUCUUUGUUUUUGUUUUAUGACAACUUUGGUGCUUACAAUCUUUACUAAACAUAAAAAUACUCCCAUUGUCAAAGCCAACAACCGGAAUAUCACCUACUCUCUCCUUGUUUCUCUUCUCCUCUCUUUCCUUUGUGUGUUUCUAUUUAUUGGGAGACCUAACAAAAUUCUGUGUGUCCUUCGUCAACCAGCAUUUGGGCUCAUCUUCUCUAUGGCAGUUUCUUGUGUAUUGUCCAAAACCUUUGUUGUAGUUCUAGCAUUUAUGGCCACCAAACCUGGUUCCAAAAUGAGGAAAUGGGUAGGUGGAAGAAUGGUCACUUUUAUUCUUUUUUCCUGCUCCCUUAUUCAAACCACUAUUUGCUUAGUAUGGAUAACAUUUUUUCCACCAUAUCCAGAUUUUGAUGUGCACUCCAUGCCUAAAGAAGUCAUCAUGGAAUGCAGUGAUGGAUCAGUCAUCAUGUUCUAUUGUGUUUUGGGUUUUAUGGGCUUUCUGGCUGUGAUCAGCUUCUCUGCUGCUUUUCUAGCUAGGAAAUUACCGGAUAGUUUCAAUGAAGCCAAAUUCAUCACCUUCAGCAUGUUGAUCUUUUGCAGUGUUUGGCUUUGCUUUGUUCCAACUUAUUUAAGCACAAGGGGGAAAUAUAUGUUGGCUGUGGAGAUCUUCUCCAUGAUUUCAUCCAGUGCUGGCUUAUUAGUGUGCAUCUUUUUUCCCAAGUGUUUUAUCAUUGUGAUGAGACCUGAACUGAACAAUAAAUAUCAGUUAAUGAAAAGAAAAUUAUAA